AUGGACCCAUUGUCAGACCCCAUAUCGCCCUCUCUCGAACCUCCAGCAAUGGCGGAGACCGAAUCUUUCACCAUCCCUGAGCUCAGCGACUCGGAGUACUUCACAGAAGUGCUGCAGUUGCCUGUGGGCAAAACUGAAGCUCAGGCAGACCAAGAACUGGUCGCUAGAGCAAAUGCUGCAGGCAUUGCCGCCACUCUACCGUCCGUGGCUAGCAAACGACAUCCCGCCAGCAGCUGUUCGGUCUCAUCAUUCGGGACUCAGCAAGAUCGAACCUUUUCCAAUGCCUCCAACGAGUCGGCCAGCUCUGCGUUGACGCCGCAUUCUUCCGUCUUUGGAUCUCCGUGUUCCCUAUUCGAUACUGGGUCUGGAGGUAGGAGAACCUCGAGUACCAGCCUUACAUUUUCCCAUUACGAACGAUAUAUUUCCUCCUUGGACUCCAUUAGCAUUCAGAUUCAACCUCCUCGAGUUCCACUUAUUGCCAAUGAUGGUUCUGCCCAGAGCUUGACCAGCGUUGGGUCCAAAAAAGGUCAUCGUGCGAGCCUCAAGGACCGCCUGCGCUGGAAAAGAAAGACUAUCGAACCUAUGGAAAAUAAAAUCUGUCGAAAGAUUUUUGGAGCCGAGUCAGGCGCGUUGCACAAGCUCCACUGUGGCCAUAUGCACUGCGUCGACUGCGUGAGAGACUUGGUAAACCAAGCCGUUCAAAACGAGUCCCAAAUGCCACCACGUUGUUGCUCUCAACCCCUCGCAGCCCCCCUUGUCAGGACAAUCCUUAACCAGGACGCCCAGGAGACCUUUUUGCUCGCAGUUCUUAAGCUCAGCACGCCUGUGGAGGAACGAAUCUUUUGCCCAGAUCCAGCCUGCGGUCACUUUAUUCCACCACAUGACGGUCAUGACCCUAAGCACCCAUUCGAUCUCACCUGCUUCAAAUGCAAUGGUCGCGUGUGCACUAUUUGCAAAGGAACUGCUCACCCCAUUGGCGAAGACUGCCCCCAAGAUUGGGAACUGGCCGUAUUGAAAAAGAAGCAGCAAGAUAAAGGAAACUGGAAGCGAUGCUACGAGUGCAGAUCCUUAGUUGAGCCGACUGAAGAAUCUCCAUACAUGACCUGCCGAUGCAAAGCUCGAUUCUGCUCCGUGUGCGUAGGUAUCUGGGAUCCUACCACCGGAUGCCCUAAUCUUUGCAGCUUUGAGGAGGAAUUGCAGCGACGUCGACAGAGCAAAGAGGCCAUGUCCUGCGUUAAUGAGCAACGAUUGCGUGCCAACUCGUCAAUCCAGCAACUUGGGCAAGAGCAACAAGAGGAGCUGCGUCGGUUCUUGGAUUACAAGUCCCAGGGCAAAGACGCCUUGCAGACACGCCACCUGUUACAAGAGGCUGCAAUUGAAGAAAAGUACGAAUGUCAGGAGGAGAAGCUCCACGAGAGACAUGAGAGAGCUUGGACUGCGCAAGAAGAUCGCCACGUUGUCGCCGAGAUGGGGCUGCUCGAAUCGCUACAGCAAGAUGAGCUGAACAUUCAUCUUCGACUCAAGCACAUGGAGGCUUAUUGCAACGGCCUCGGCCGGAACCCAAACUCGUCUGCGCCAGUCAGAGUCGUCACUGAGCGAGACCUGAGAGAGUUGGGCCAACAGUAUUACUUGCGAGAUGGCAUGGGCCGCAUGCGCGAGUCUAAAAUCAAUCUCAUGAGGGAACGACAGUCUGUCAAGAUGGAGGAGCUUCGGGCAAAACAGACAGAGGAGUUUUCGCUUUUCCUCGAUAAGAGACAGGAGGCGUUGGACAGGCUGGAGGCCCAGUGCGUUCAGGAGGAGUCACAGUUCAAUGAAGUUUUUGAAUGCCGACAGUCACGCCUGCAGUCGCGAUGGGUGCUCGCCAUUGAAGUCUUGUGCAAAGAGCUCGAGGAGCAGAACCCUGGUCAGAUCUACCGUCGCAUUGCCACGCCACGAUGGCCCGAUGAUAGGACCCUUCAAGUCCACAAAUAA